AUGCCCGGCGUACAACAUCUUAUCGACUUCGUGCUGAACGAAGUCGCACUCUGCGGCAAUCAAGGUGCAACUUUAUCCGAUCUAUUGCAAGCCAUUGAUGAUUUCCAUACUCAACCUCAGGAUGGCACUGAAAUAAAUCAAACCGUUGACCAUCGUUUCAAAGACAAGAUCUGGUCCUGGCUCAAGACUAAUCCAGAGGUGUCUAUUGGCCAGCAAAAUGAAUGGAACCAUCUCACAUUGAAUGAAGCUGAGCAGCUUGACUCACGCAAGGCCGAAAGCGAUGAUCCCAAUAUCGUUGAUCCCGCGGAUCAGAACCCUGACUUACCGCCGCUUCGAAUCUAUGUUUCAGAAGAGCGAACCUGGCUUGCCAUCACUGGUCAUCCACCAGAUGAGUCCAAGGUACUACCUCUUGAAUUCGCCCUACUAUCUGUGAUUGCUUCUCGCAGAUCAAAGGGUAUUGUGCAGCCGGAUCUGGUGAAGAUCAGUGGCCAGGACAAACGGUCGGUUCCGAAGCGUACCGAUGCCUUGCAAAGAAAGGGCUACAUUGACAAGCGACCUGUUCAAACAAAAACGGCCCGAACCAGCCUCUGCACGCUACAGCGAUUCUACCACCACGCUACAAGUGAUCAAACAAAGGAAGAACCACAAUCGAAGAACAUGAUUGAUUUCGACAGCUUCAAUACGAGUCUGUUCGAUAUUCUCCGAGAGCACCAACUGAUUGCACGCAACGAUUUGAAACGACUUCUGGGAUUUGAUGACCAUUGGCGUUGGAAAGUCUUGUCUCGUGCCCUCCGCAAGUGGGAGCGGAUAGGUGUGGUACAACGCGUGAGAGCCAAAUCACAAUACGAAAGAAUGCAUCCUUGCGUCAAGCUUUUACGAGAUCCCACGGAUCAAGAUCUGGAGCUUUUCCAUGAAUUUAAUUUUGAUGUAUUGAACAAGCAUGGAGUGAGAAGCAAAGGACCCAAACUUACCCCGGACCAAGACGAAGACAUGGAGCUGGAGGGUCCAAGCCCAAGCAAAAGAUCACCCAGCCCAGAGGAUGGUGGGAUUGACCUGAUCAAGGAGCAUUCUGGAGAUGCUGCACGCAUCGUACCAUCUUGGACGCCGGAUCGUAACCUCAACAACCAAAUCUUUGAUAUUGUUGAAAGAGCAGGCACAACAGGUAUCACGAACCAGACCCUCAACUGGACCUGCUUUGGGAGCUUUUACAAGAGACCCGCUGAAAGUAUGGUGCAUCGCUUGGUCGACCUAUGGCAGGUGGCUCAACCACUUCAUCUCCGCCAUUACGCUAUCGUUCGGGAUUUGGCAAUGAAAAAGACUAUCAUGUUCUAUGUCCAUUAUUCGGCAAACAACUUCGCAAAGCUCGUUGACGCUGGCCAAGCAUUAUGGGAGGCCGUUGAACUUCCAGUCAAGAAAGCCAAAUCGCUAAAAAUUGAGGCCCCACCUUUCGGUGUUCUUCCCCAGCUCGAUGAGCAUGGAUUUCCCAAGAAGGAAUUCCCGAAGAACUUGUUGAAGGAUCCAAAUGCAACUCUUCUCGACGGGAUUAUGGCUGUGAAACCGCCCAACUAUCUUCUUUCCUCGAGCGAUCCGUUUGUUGUUGAACUUCCAAACGGUCAACAUGUGAUCCGUACACGUACCGAUAAGCUCCCACCGGGCUCCAAGCAGCAGUAUGAGCCCCGUUUUCGGCCCAAGGGACGACCGAAAGGCAGGCUGAACCGCGCGACUGUGGAAAAGCUUGCCAGAGAAGCCAAUACCAAAGGAACUAAGCCCAAAGGAUCCAAGUCCAAAGAACCCAAAGCAAAAGCACUUGAAGCCAAAGAAUCUGGAGCUAGAGAAUCCGAAACUAGCGGAUCCGAGCUCAGAGAAUCUCAAGCAAUUGAACCCGAAAUUGAGCCCGAAGUCGCACCCAAGCUAGAGCCAAUCCAAGGUUACGGCUGGGAAUAUGUUGACCAAUCUCCACGAGCCAAGCGAGCCAAAAUUAAGCACGACAGUUUCAAGGGAUUGUCAAAGCAAGAGAAGUUUGAAGCACUUGGCAUGGAUGAGAGUUGGACCGAAUACAAAGCUCUUGUUAUGGACAAGCCUGCUCCUGGUGUGUACGUGACUCCCCACGGUCGAAGAAGACCAGCCGGCAAGGCCCGAGGUCGCCCGAGACAGAGUCGAAUUGCGAUAUUUAAAUCGCCAAAUUUAGCAUCACUCCCUUGGUUUGUCAAGGACAAAGAUGACUCAAGUGAUGAUGAUAAGGCACGGGAUGCUGCUACCACCACUCGAGCAUCCGAGAGCCUUGCCCCUGAAGCUGCACAUUCAGGUAUCGACUCCGAAGCGCCAGUCAUGGCCCCCACCCCGAAAAUUCCGACGCGAGCCAAGAGAACUCAACCUGACCGGUCAGAGGACUUACCCACACCAUCGUCGGGGCUCAAGGCCAAUGAGCAGAUAAGCGGAAGACCUCCCAAACGGUCUCGUCUUAGCAAGGCCCAAAAUGACAGCAACCAAGGACUCUUGAAGGAUGUCAAUGAGACGUUGCCCGAGGAUGUAAUUCCAGCAUCCCAAGAAGAUUCGAUCAAAGCAAGCACACCGCACCAUCGCGAUAAGAGUGCCAGCGUUCAUCUACUCGAAGAGGAACAAGUUGGGACUCCAUCAAAGCGACACCGCGUAGCAUCCCGCGACCGCAGUGGCACUAACCAAACCACUCUACAAUCCCCGACACCCCGUCCAUCUGAUAUUCCGACACCACGAUCAGGCUCAGUGGCCCCCCAGAAAUUCAAUUUCAGUGCUCCUGGCACCAAGCCUGCAAGAAAGCCACGUGUUCGAAACAGAGCCAAUAUCAGAGCCAUGAAUAUUCCAGAAGAGGGAGAAUCGGGAUCCUCUAAGCCUUCGACUGGGAGAGGCGGAUCUAUCAGUGUCCUUCGGAGAAAGCUCAUCAUGGAAAUCAUGGAAAAGGCUGGUGGUGUAUAUCCCGCAGGAACUGCAAUGUGGUAUCCUUUUGUCACUGCAUGGAUGAAACAUCAUCCCAACGAAAAACCAGACAUGCGAACUAUCAAUACUGCAUGCAAGCAAUUGAUUGAUGCUGGCCAGCUUCGGCAGCUGACUUUCAGCGGCAGAGACACGAGAAAAGUGAUGGUGACAAGGACAUUGCUGUUGAAGCCCGAUAUCUCACCAGACGACCCGUUGGUCAAAGAGAUGCAGAGCAAGAUUCUGGCUACUGAUUUCCACGAGUCGCGACCCUUCUUCUCCGUUCAUGUCGAGCUUGAUCCAAAUUUGACAAGAAAUAGUGGUCGACCACACGGUGCUCCUCCACGCGCGCAGAGAUUCUCCUUCCCCGUCGAAGAAGGAACCCAUGUUCAUUUACAACAAAAGCCUCUUUCUAUUGUGAAUUUAGAGGCAAGAAGAAGGAGACAAGCACAGGCGAAUUUCAUUAAGCGCCUAGAAGCCCAAGCCAGGGCUGCCAAGGCCGCCGAAGAUCUAUUGGAUGAGCUGCCUGAUGUGCCUGGAGUUCAGCGACUCAUGACACUUGCACGCCCUCCUGAAUUGGAUCUCAAUGCUCAUCCACACACAUCAAUUAUCCGUCCGUAUAUUCGAAAGGGUACAGCUACCCGUGGUCCUGGCAAGCACCCAAAGUGUAUCAUACAUCCAAAACGGGUGAUGAAGCCAAUUUCCGCUAUCGGGGCGUAUGCAAUGUUGAUGAAUCCGGUGCAACAAUUUGAUCCAACUACUGGAACUUUCUCCACAGGCUCAUGCUCGGCCAAACGCAGAAGGUCGAAGCCAAUGGUAGAAAAGCCGAAGUCAGUGGCAGGAAAACCACUGGCUUUGGACAUUGAAAAAUUGGUCGAUGAGUUAGCUAGACUAGCUCAUGACGAGCCAGACCUGUCUGAGAUACCCGGUGCUGCCAAAGCCAAAAUUUUACGCUCGAGAUUCAAUCAACAGACCAAGAAGAUCCUCACAUGGGAGCUUCAUCAUCCGAAUCUCUUUGAGGCAAAGCUUGAAGGCCAACAGUUCAUCAACCGAACCGUUCAAGAUGGUUUCAAGCCAGCACCGAUCAAGGGCAAUAUUCGCUUCGAUAUUGACAUGCCCCCUCCAUCCUCUCCAAAACCGCCUUGUGUAGAACCAGAUUUGCCAGCACGGCGUAGCGAGGUCCGUCGCCAGCGCCAGUCUCUACCGGAGCCUCCCGAAAUACCCCCUCCGAAAGAGGAGACACCCAAACGGAUACCAAAACCACGAAGGACACGGGCCCCACGUGCUCCUCCUACGGAUCGUCGUCUGGCCAAACUCGAUGAUACUGCAACAGCCGACAAAGAAGCACAGCCAGCGACCCCGGCGACCCCCAAACGCGUUCGCCGACAGCGAUUCGUGCGCCCUAUCUCCGAAGAUCUCAAACAAAAGCUGGUGGUUGCUCUUGUCGUUGUUCGUGUGCUUGCAGGCGGAGCAGAAUCAAGAGUAAUCGAUUGGACUCUUGUGACGAAAGCCUUCCCAGAUCACGAUCCCUCUUUCAUUGAAGGGCGAGCGCGUCAGAUACUCAAUAAAAAUCGAUUGCAGAUUACAAAGAUGCAUCGAGAUUUCCAGGAGUGCUUCCUUGAGGGCUAUGAAAGGGAUGAAGUCCCGCGCAUUGACUAUUCCGAUUUGGAUAGCUAUGAUUGGCCUGCCCUAGUUGAGUGGGCAAGAACUAGGCUGGAUGUCUCCCCAUCCGAACGGGCUCCGGACCUUCCAGCAACACGGGAGCAAUUCGACAGUGUUUUCGAACUACGUGAAGAUGCUAUUACAGCAGGCGACGAACUGUACCAGGCGGUGCACGGUGUCACGAUCAACCACAAGCGCAAUUUGAUGGCGCGCAAUCCAUUUGCUAUACCUGUGGAUGACGAAAAACGUACCCAAUUAGUGACACGAAAGGUCAAUACGGCACAGCUUGAGGCUGCGAAGACAUGGGUUCGUGCAAAUAUCAUCACCGCAGAAGAAACCUAUCGACCCAAUGAGUCGAGCGAUAUUCUGCAACGCUUUGGUGAUCGACUCAUCACCACUGCGACGCAGACACUAAUCAACGAACGUGUCAUCAGCUCAACAACCCGUGGCCGCGUCACUCCAGGUCGCAACUACGAUAUCUCCGAGUAUUUCUUGCAGACACUGAGCCGCAAACGUGCCGUCGAAAGUACCCAGCUGCGUCGUGCCGCUCAUUUCAAAUCAAACACGCUAGAUUUCCAAUUCCGGACUAUCGGUGCAUCCGACGUCGAGUACACCGCAGAAGACGGCGAUAUCCUUGCAUUGAUAAAUCUCUACGCUUCGGGUGCUAUUCAAAUGCGACCUCGCGAUCCCCCCCGCGCCAAGUUCGGUCUCACCGAUGGCGGAUAUGAAACUCGACAGAUGGACAAGAAACGCUUCCGUUUCCCUAUCGAAGUUACCCCCACUGAAACAUACACCUACGGUAACCCCGUCCAGGGCAAAGCUGCAGCGACGAUCCUUCCGCCGGCGCCUUCGUCCUCGGGUACGAGAAUGCCGCCCAGAAACCCCCUUUGGUACGAUAUCAAUGGAGAGUUCGUACGUCGUCUCUGGGAGUUGGUGCUUGGCCCUGUCCUUGGGUGCCUGGUGAUGCGACCCGGCAUCAAGGCCGGUAACAUUUCUAACAUGAUCAAGCCCACCAUGGGCGCAUGGGAAACUGUGCUGAUGCUGCAGUGGUUGGAGAAUGUUGGCAUUGUCAAGUCAGAUGGCGAAGGAGAGAUGGCUUGCUGGACAUUACAGGAGUCAUGGUGGAUGAUUCUUUCUUGA